GGAGGCUGAUCUCAAAUACUAUAAAUUUGCAAUUCUAGGGUUUGUGGAACUUCAUUUCGGGGCCGCUAACAGAGCACAGAGACAUCUCAGCGGGAAGCCAUGGGAAGAGUCAUCAGAGCUCAGCGUAAGGGUGCCGGUUCCGUCUUCAAGUCCCACACCCACCACCGCAAGGGUCCGGCCCGGUUCCGGAGCCUCGACUUCGGCGAGCGCAACGGCUACCUCAAGGGCGUCGUCACUGAGAUUAUCCACGACCCGGGUCGUGGUGCCCCUCUCGCUCGAGUCAGCUUCCGCCAUCCUUUCCGAUACAAGAAGCAGAACGAGCUCUUCGUCGCCGCUGAGGGUAUCUACACUGGCCAGUUCAUCUAUUGUGGGAAGAAGGCCAAUCUGGUCGUCGGAAAUGUUUUGCCUCUCAGAUCGAUCCCAGAAGGAGCUGUAGUCUGCAACGUCGAGCACCAUGUUGGUGACCGUGGAACCCUUGCUAGGGCUUCUGGUGACUACGCUGUUGUUAUCAGCCACAACCCUGAUAACGAUACCUCCAGGAUCAAGCUUCCUUCUGGUGCGAAGAAGAUUGUGCCAAGUGGCUGCAGGGCAAUGAUUGGGCAAGUUGCCGGCGGUGGCAGGACUGAAAAGCCAAUGCUCAAGGCUGGUAAUGCAUACCACAAAUUCAGAGUGAAGAGGAACUGCUGGCCUAAGGUUCGUGGUGUGGCUAUGAAUCCAGUUGAGCAUCCUCACGGAGGAGGUAACCACCAGCAUAUUGGACAUGCAAGUACAGUCAGGCGUGAUGCUCCUCCUGGCCAGAAGGUUGGUCUCAUUGCUGCAAGGAGAACAGGAAGACUUAGAGGACAAGCUGCUGCCACUGCCUCCAAGGCUGACAAGGCUUAAGACCAAUUUUAUAUUUAUAUGUUCUGUUUUUGGACCGCCAAAUCUUUUAAGAGUGCUCAACAUUACCAUUUUCCCUUUUUCUGAAUUUGCUAUUUUGGUACUGUUUACUUUGUGUACUAGUUUUUAUCCGACACUAGUGGGUUCAUUUGGCAGAAAUUUUGUUUGGUUAUCC